AUGCCGGCCGACCCAUCCUCCAACCCGUGCGCCCGAAUCCUCACCGCGACCGAAGCGCGUGAUUCCAUCCUGCGCCGCGGCCUAUUACAAGACAGCACGGUCCCGCCGCACGUGCAGACGCGCAUCGACGCGCUCUUCUCGGCGCCGACCACGCCUCUCGCCUGCGUGCAAGCCAUCCUCUCUUCAAUCCGCGAGUCCGGCGACGGGGCCCUCAUUGACUGGACGUCGCGCAUCGACGGCGCGGACAUCUCGGCCGGCUCAGAGCUGCCCGUCGCGGCCCUUCAAACGGCGGUCAAGGCGACGCCGGCCGCCGUGGUGGACUCGCUGCGCGUCGCGCGCGACCGCGUGGUGGCAUUCCACCGCAAGCAGCCCGUGACCUCGUGGUUCACAAACGACCUGGGCGGCGUGCUCGGGCAGGCGGUGCGCCCGAUCCAGCGCGUAGGGUUCUACGUCCCGGGCGGGACGGCGCCGCUGCCGUCGACGGUGCUGAUGAGCGUGCUGCCUGCCGUGGUGGCUGGGUGCGAGGAGCUGGUGGUGGCGUCGCCGCCGCUGCGCGGCGGCGGCGCGGACAUCGCGGCCGUGACGCUUGCCGCGUGCGCAGUGAUCAACGAGCUGCCCGGCGUGCGCGUGCGCGUGUUCGCGAUCGGCGGCGCGCAGGCCAUCGGCGCGCUGGCGUACGGCACGGAGACCGUGCCGCGCGUGGACAAGAUCGUCGGGCCCGGGAAUAUCUUCGUGGCGAUGGCCAAGCGCGAGGUGUUUGGCGUGGUCGGGAUCGAUGGGGUGUACGGCCCGACCGAGGCGGUGGUCAUCGCGGAUGAGGCGGCCAAUGCCGAGUGCGUGGCGGCGGACUUGCUCGCGCAGGCGGAGCACGACUACCUGGCCGUGCCGAUCCUGCUGACGACGUGCGCGGACCUGGCGAAGAAGGUGCAGGAGGAGGUGGAGACGCAGGUGGACAAGCUCCCCAGGGCCAAGGUGGCGAGGCACUCGAUGGCCAAUCAGGGCGGGAUCGUUGUGGGAAAGGACAUGGACGAGUGCGUGGACAUGGCGAACGAGUUUGCGACCGAGCAUGUGUCGUUGUGUGUCAAGGGGCCGUGGGAUGUGGUUGGGAAAAUGAAGAACGCGGGGGGCUUGUUUCUAGGGGAGGCGAGCUGCGAGGUGCUCGGGGACUACGUCGCGGGCCCGAGCCACGUGAUGCCGACGGGCGGCAGCGCCAGAUACUCUAGCCCACUAUCCGUGCUCGACUUCAUCAAGGUAAUGUCGGUGGUCGGGCUGGACGACACGACGGUGAAGAGGAUCGCGGUUGACGCGGAGAGGAUAGCGCGAGCCGAGGGGCUCGACGGGCACGCCGAGGCUGCCAGGAUGCGAGCGCAGGACUAG